UUGGUCGUGGCAGGAAUGAAACAACACAGGCUGAUCGGUUCAUGAAAUUUACGAGCGGAAACUAGUUGCUUUGCAUUUUAUACCGACAAAAUGUUUUCCAGAAUAAAGAAACAAUGGAGAAUCGGAGAAUUUGCAGACUUCAGGAGCAGCAGCAGCACUUCCACGCCGUUCGCAGAGCUCUGCAGGAUGGACGAGCAGGGAGAAAUGGCGGCCAAGCAACCGGACGGACCGGCAAAGGCCGACGACACGCCCCCUCACGUGCACCAGCACCGCGCGCCGGCGCCGGCGCCGGGGCCGCGCAGCAACGACGGCGGCCAGACUUUUUGCCCCAGCACGGAAAGUAAAGCGGGAGAAGCGGACGCCGCCAACCGGGCGUACGGGACGUUCAAGAACGCCGCGCCGGCAGCUCCCCCCGCGGCCAAUGCGGCCUUUCGGAAGGAUUCGAGCGUUUCGGCCCGCGGGGACGCGCCGCAACCGCCGCCGCCGCCGCAAGUCGAGCAGAACAACACCGGCUGGACCGCGCUGAGUCAGACCACCGUCGUGCUGGGGACGGAUGGGAACAUGUCCGUCCAGACCGGCACCGUCACCCCGGCGGACGAUGGUGAUGACGAGGAAGGGGAUGAGAAUAAGGCCAGGGGAAACUGGUCCAAUAAACUGGAUUUUAUUUUGUCCAUGGUGGGCUAUGCUGUGGGACUGGGAAACGUGUGGAGGUUUCCUUAUCUUGCCUUCCAGAAUGGUGGAGGUGCAUUUUUAAUCCCCUACCUGACUAUGUUGGGCAUUGCCGGCAUCCCAAUCUUUUUACUGGAAGUGUCCCUGGGCCAGUUCGCCAGCCAGGGCCCAGUGUCAGUAUGGAAGUGCAUCCCAGCCCUGCAAGGUUGCGGGAUUGCCAUGUUGAUUGUAUCUGUCUUGAUAGCCAUAUACUAUAACAUUAUUAUGUGCUGGACACUGUACUACCUGUUCGCUUCGUUGAAGGGCUCACUGCCAUGGGCUCACUGUAGGAAUGCGUGGAACACCGUGGAAUGUAAGGACAAAGAAAUGCUGCUCCUAGACUCCUGCAUCCUGUGGAACAGAAACACCUCCUCCAUCAAGAAUUCCACUUUUUGUCUCACUGCUCGCGCUGCUGGGAAUCUGAGCAGACUGUUGAACACCACCCUGGAAGGUGAAAAGACCUACGUCAGCCCCAGUGAGGAGUACUUCAAGUAUAACGUGCUGCACAUCUCCAAAGGCAUUGAAUAUCCAGGAGACAUUCGUUGGGCUCUGGCAGGCUGUCUGUUUCUGGCCUGGAUCAUUGUCUACUCGUCUUUGGCCAAGGGAAUUAAGUCAUCAGGAAAGGUGGUGUAUUUUACAGCCACUUUCCCUUACGUGGUGCUGGUGAUCCUGUUGAUCCGAGGUGUGACGCUCCCGGGCGCAGCUGACGGCAUUCUCUACUUCAUCACACCAAAGUGGGAGAAACUCAUGGACGGAAAGGUGUGGAAAGACGCAGCCACUCAGAUCUUUUUUUCUUUGUCGGCUGCUUGGGGAGGCCUCAUCACGCUCUCCUCCUACAAUAAGUUUCACAAUAACUGCUACAGGGACACUAUUAUAGUCACGUGCACAAACAGUGCCACCAGCAUAUUUGCUGGCUUUGUCAUAUUUUCCGUCAUCGGCUUCAUGGCCAACGAGCUGAAUGUGCCAAUUGAAAAAGUGGCAGAUGAAGGUCCAGGUAUAGCAUUUGUGGUGUAUCCGGAGGCUCUGACCAGACUUCCCCUAUCUCCUUUCUGGGCUAUCAUCUUCUUUCUCAUGCUCCUCACUCUGGGCCUGGAUACCAUGUUUGCAACCAUCGAGACCAUCGUCACCUCGGUGUCGGAUGAGUUCCCCAAAUACUUGAGGACGCACAAGCCGCUCUUCACCCUGGUCUGCUGUUUGGCCUUCUUCGUCCUAGGCUUCCCCAUGAUCACAGAGAGUGGCAUGUACAUGCUACAGUUGGUGGACACUUACGCAGCCUCCUACUCUUUGGUCAUCAUUGCCAUUUUCGAGCUGGUGGGCAUCUCUUACCUCUAUGGGCUACAGAGGUUCUGCGAAGACAUUGAAAUGAUGAUUGGUUUUCAGCCCAGCCGCUUCUGGAGAAUUUGCUGGGCAUUCGUGACACCGACCAUUCUGACGGGCAUCCUGACUCUGAGUCUGUAUCAGUGGAAGGUGAUGACCUACGAGGACUACACCUACCCCACCUGGUCCAUGAUUAUGGGCUGGCUCAUGGUAAUCUCCUCUGUCAUCUGGAUCCCCAUCAUGUUUGUCAUCAAGAUGUAUCUCGCCCCCGGCACUCUAAUUGAGCGCCUGAAGUUGGUCUGCUCCCCUCAGCCCGACUGGGGUCCCUUCCUCAUGAAGCAUCGCGGAGAACGCUACAAGAACAUGAUCGACCCACUGGGAACCAACUCGCUGGGCCUCAAACUGCCUCGUAAGGAUUUACAGCUUGGCACCUACCAAUAACGACGGCCCCAGGAGAUCCGCACCCAGCUACUCCAACCCCUGGUGGGCGGGGAGUGCCAGGAGAGGACCACAUGGCCUCUUUCAGAUGACCUUUCAUUUCCCCUUCAUUCCACUCUAGUAUGUGCUUCAACACCAUGUUCCCUAGUCUUCCUCCUAGUGUGAAUUUGGGAAUAUUCUCCCUGUAGACCUCUUUCCUCCUUGCUGUUCUCUCUCGGAGGAGGGGCCGCUGCUGCUCUGUGCUCAGUUUACGGUCUAUCAUCGGCUCCCACACAUGACCAUUGAUUACACCACUGAUUGACUGAUUCCUCGUGACAAAGUGUGUCAUUGAAGGAGUUCGGUGUGAACUUGCAAUAUUAGACUUACCUUCGCUGCUCUAUUUGGAGCCAUACGUGUAUGUGCGUGUGUGUGUGUGCGCGCGCUUGUAUGUUUAAAAUAAUGAAUUGCCUCGGCGCCAGCUGGCCAAGGAAAAAAAUAAUUCAGGUGACAGAAAAAGAAAGCUCCAACAAGUUUGAAAGGAUUUGGCUUCAUCCCCCGUGUAGGUUUAUGUAUUGGUAUUACAAAUAAUUUCUACGGAUGUUGUCAUUCAUCCAGGUCACUGUGUUCUCAGGACGUUCAAUUGAUUGCAACUGGCUUGUUCAGCUUGUCUUAGAAGACGUUUCCCCUCUCAUCCAAUUAGGCUUCAUCAGUUCAUGCUUAUUGAUUUGAAUUGGUCAGAUCUAGUCUAAAUGUUGGUGCUGAAACACAAACUUUUUUUUUUACUAAAUGGGGCAAGGAUAGUUUCAACCUAUUGUGGUGUAAAAACGACCCCUCUGUCAAAUCCAACAGCAGUCAAUAAAAUAGAAUUCUCCCUUGUUAGCAUUGAAGUAUUGUGUGGCAAAACGACCACUACCAACCCCAAAUCAGUUGUUAGACUGGAAACUCUCACAUUAUUAACCGUAUCCUCUCGGCAUCCAUUGCACCGGUCACCCAAGGGGGGUCCCCACAUCUGUAGUCCCCACAUCUGUAGUCCCUUCUAGGGUUUCACGUUGUUCCCAUUGGGUUGAGUUUUUUCUUGCUCUAAUGUGAGAUCUGAGCUGAGAAUGAUUGAUUGAUUGAUUGAUUGAUUUACCGUUCCAUGUCAUUCCAUUCAGUUGUAGUAAUGGCACAAUCUGGUGGACCUGGAACCAGAAAGUUCCUCUUGGACUAGAUCUGACCAAUCUAAUUCUGAGUAUGAACUGAUGAACCUUGGUCCAAUAAAACGUCUUCAAAGACAAACUGAACAGUCCAGCUGCGAUCGAUCGAAUGCCCUGAGAAUACAAAUAAUGACUAUGGAUGUUGUCAUUCAUCUAGGUCGUAUUCUCAGAGCAUUCAAUUGAUCGCGAAUGGACUGACUGUUCAGUUUGUCUGAGAAAACGUUUCGCUUCUCAUCCGAGCAGGCUUCAUCGGGUUCAUGCCGAUAGACUUGGAUCGGUCAGAUUUAGUCCAAAUGCUAGUUCCACAGUCCCAACAGGGCGUGCUCAACCGAGGAUGGUUUUGCAACAUUGUGGCGUAAAAAAAACCAAGGAGUGACCUCUGUAAAGGCCAACAGCCGUCAAUAAAAUCAAAUUCCCUCUUUUUAGCAUUGAGUGGCAUAACAAUAGCCGUAAAACGACCGCUAGCAGCCUAAAAUCAACCGCUGGACUGGAAACACCCGCCUUAGAAUUCUAUUCAGUUGGCGACUUGUCCAGAAUGCAGCUGGGAUAGGCUCUGUGACCCCGAAGGGGACAAGUGGUAGAAAAUGGAUGGAUGGAUGUAUCAAUGGCACAAAAGUUCCUAUGGGGACUAGAUCUGACCAAUACGUCUAUGAACUUGAACUCAUGAUGCCUACUAAGAUGAAACGUCUUCUAAGAUAAAUUCAACAGUCCUGUUGCGAUCAAUUGAAUGCCCUGACAAUACAAAUAAUGACUGUCCUGAAUAUUAUCAAAACAACAACUACAGUAUGCACUGUUAUAUGUUCUUCCACCCAUCAUAGUAGGUAUUGUAUUAAUGACACAAAGGGGGGCACCUGUAAAAGGAAUGUUCCUAAUGGACUAGUUUUAACUAAUCUACAGUAAGUCUAUGAGCAUGAAGUGAUGAAGUCUGCUCAGACAACAAAAACAGUCCAGUUUGAAGUCUACGGACUCCUAAAUAAAAAACAAAACAAUAUACAUUGUUAUAGAUCCUGUUACUCGUCAUAGUAUAGGUAGUGCUUAGUGGCUAUUGAUCUAGAACAAAUAGUGGAAAUGAGAAACAACGUAGGAAUCCGUAGAGCUGCGAAACACACCGUAAUCACCACCACCAGUAGAUACUUUGGCCUUGGAUGACUCAGAGAUUUGGGUCUGUUUUUGUCUCUGAACCCAAGGGGCUACUUGUGAUACUCUCGUUUCCCCCCUCAAUUGCAAUAUCUUGUACUUAUCUUCGAACAUAAUGUAGGUCAUGCCAAUUGAAUGAACGCACUAAAGUAGUCACAGCUGUCCUUUAGUUGGUGAUAAAGAAGCCAUUUAACCUUUUUAAAUCUCCUGAACCUCAGCCUGAUAGUCACUCUGUGCAUAUAUUUUAGAUAGUGUAGUUAUUGCAGUAUUGUAUGUGUUGUGAACUCAUCAGCCAUUUGUGAAGACUUCACAAUGCGCAUCACAGUAGAAGACGAUUUAAGGUAUGCAUACACAUAAAUAUAUCUGUAGCUUCCAGCAGAGGAGAGCGCUAGCACGACCGAUUGAAUGUGUGAGUGUUGUAUCCGUGAAUAUGUGCAACGUGUAUAGUUUGUGUGCGUUGUCGCGUCGCCGCAGUGUUUGGAGCAGCUGUUACAUUAGGUGGCGAUUGGAUGAGGAAAAAGGCUUCUCGCUUUUGUCUUUGGUUUUCGAGAAAGCUCUGGGGACUUUGCCAUUUCAGACGAAUGCCUCUUGCUUCUCUGUGUCCUCACGAAAACAGGGUCUCAGGUAUACACAACUCCUACAAACGACUCUGCUAGUUGUGAGAAUGACAGCAUUCAGUGCGUAGGAAAUGAAACAUUGGUAUGUAAAAGACACCCCUUGUCAUGAGGGAGUGUCAGCCAUGAAGCAUUUAUGGCAGGUUUUCUGUGGCCCUAAACACGAUUUUGUUUGUGGCUGCACAAUUUCAGUCUUAUGGACUCCUGAAGGGCCCUUACCCAACCCGAACCCACAUACACACAUUCAGUGAUUGAUUGAUUGAUUGAUUGAAACUUUUAAUAGUACUUUGCACAGUACAGUAUGUUUACAUGUGCUAAAAAAAUAAUUAUUGACCUAAUUUGGUUGAAACUUGCUUUUAAAAAACCCUAUUUAGGUUUUUGACUUAAAAAUGGGAUUAACAUACCUAGAUUAUGUGGUUAUAAACUAGUUUCCUCGUGUCCCGUGUUCAACGCACAUCCCAGUCUUCCCAACAUCAUAACUCGGAAGCACAGUAGACAAAGCUCUACAUGAUCAAAAAAACCUCUACUAACGUUUGUCUGUUUCAUCAAUGUUUUUCUUCAAACGUUCAAACCAGUGGCGUCAUUAGGCUCCUUUAGGGAGGCUAACCAUAAUUUAAAAAAGUUUACAAAGACAAAUUCAAUAUAAAGUAGCCACAAUGUGAGUUUUAGUCAUUAUUCACGUAAACAUGUCAAGUUUCAAUUUUAAUUCAUAGUGUAAAGUAGAUUAUAUCAUCUGUGGAUAAUAUUAAUUAUAAUACCUUUACAAAAUUAUUUUUAUAUUCCCCUGUCUUUGAAAUCUAGUGACGCCUCUGUGUCAUUCUUUAAUCAAGGGUCCUUGAAUGCACUAUAGUUAUGUGCUAUGAGAUGCAAAAAUGAAACCUAAACAUGACUUUGUCCGAUUCUGCCAUAAACAGCUUUAUUAUAUUUUUUCCCUUUUAUCACCUCAUCCUGGUUAAGCAAAUGUUGGUACUCUGCGUGUUUGUAUAAAUAUGAGCGUUGAUGAUGUUUUUGUUGAGCAAACCGUGAAGUGUUUGAUGCUGGUCUAUGGACGUUCUCAUUUAUCAUGUAUUCUCAUUCAAUGGAUCGCAAAUGGACUGGUUUGUCUGAGAAGAUGUUUCGCCUCUCAUCAAAGUAGGCUUCAUCAGUUUUAAAAUGGUCUGAUCUAGUCUGGACCUAGACUAAGUCUUAGUGGCUCAUUAAGACUUGUAUCGAUUGA